GCAACGGUUUGUUGAUAGUACGGUAACGUGAAGAGGCAAGAUGAAACUCAAGCGGUUCCUUCUCAGAUAUUAUCCUCCAGGAAUAAUCUUGGAAUAUGAGAAAGGAGGAUGUUUGAGGACCAAAUCCAUCGACCUUUUGGAUUUGACUCCAGGGACAAACCCAGAGGAGUUGCUGGCAGAGAUCCAGCAGUCGGAGCCUCUGAUCACAGACUCUCGGGCUGAUCAAGUCAAACAGCUGAUCCUCAGACUGCAGCAGAAACAGGGCCAGCAGGACCACCACCGCUUCUGCUUCUUCAAGGAGCUGAAGGCACACAUCCUGCCGCUGACAAACGUUGCCUUCGACAAAUCAGGGUCAAGGUUCAUCACUGGGAGCUAUGACAGGACGUGCAGAGUUUGGGACACAGACUCGGGCACCGAGCUGCACACUUUGGAGGGCCACAGAAACGUGGUGUAUGCCAUCACAUUCAACAACCCCUACGGAGACAAGAUAGCCACCGGCUCUUUCGAUAAGACGGCCAAGCUGUGGUGCGCUGAGACGGGGAAAUGUUUUCACACCUUUCGAGGACACACUGCAGAAAUAGUGUGCCUGGCUUUUAACCCCCAGAGUACGCUGCUUGCCACAGGCAGCAUGGAUGCCACCGCCAAGCUGUGGGACGUGGAGACGGGGGACGAGGUGGCCACGCUGACGGGUCACACUGCAGAGGUCCUCUCUCUGUGCUUCAACACGGUGGGAAAUCAGCUGCUUACUGGAUCCUUUGACCACACCGUCGCUAUAUGGGAUGUUGCCUCAGGAAGACGUGUCCACACUCUGAUUGGUCACAGCGGGGAGAUCAGCAAUGUUCAGUUUAACUGGGACUGCUCCCUCAUUGUCACCGGCUCCAUGGACAAAACCUGCAAGUUGUGGGAGGCAGUCAGUGGGAAGUGUGUGGCCACGCUCGCUGGACACAAAGAGGAGGUGCUGGAUGUGUGUUUUGAUUUAAGCGGUCAGCUCGUUGCUACUGCCUCUGCUGAUGGUACAGCGCGAGUGUUCAGUGUCAACACACAUCAGUGUCUCGUGACCCUAGAAGGCCAUGAUGGAGAGAUCUCAAAGAUCUGUUUCAGCCCUCCGGGCAGCAGGCUCCUGACUGCCAGCUCCGACAAGACCGCUCGUCUCUGGGACGCUCGGUCUGGAGUCUGCCUGCAAGUCCUGGAGGGCCACACGGACGAGAUCUUCUCCUGCGUCUUCAACUACGAGGGUGACACUAUCAUUACAGGCAGCAAGGAUAACACAUGCAGGAUCUGGUACUGACCCUUCAGAGGCUCAUCAUAUACCAGGAUACAACACUCUGUUCAACAUGUAUACCUCUGUAAAACAUUGUAAUUCAAAAUACAUUUUACGAUUAAAGUCUGUUUAAAAGCAUCUGUGUAAGGUUAGAGUGGAAAUACAAAGGACUGCUGCUUGAAUGAUUUAAUGAAAAAUAAUGUGUCUGAUGUUCCUCCUGUUACUCAAUCUGUUUGAAGCGGCACUUGUUUCCUGACUAUAUUAGCCAAACAGUUUAAUUACGUUGCUCAUAAAAUGUAAUCAAACAUAGCUGUAUAAACUAAGGUUAACUAGUUUAAAAUGUGAAAAAUAUGGUUUUAAAAAGUCAGGAGACAGUUAGCUUAGCGUAGCAUAAAGAAUAUAAGCAGCUUCCCUUGUUUCCCAACUCCAGUAACUCAACAGCUUAAUUACUUCCCUCACAAAUUGUCAUAAAAUAUAGUAGAAUAAAUAUUUACCAUUCCUAAACUAAGGUUUACUUCUUUCAAAUUUGGAAAAUAUGCUUAUGACACGAUUACCUUAGCUAAGCAUAGCAUAACGACUAAGCAGCAGGGGGUGCACCCUCUA